UGGAUGCAAGGUGUUGUCACUUAUAAAGUUUGCAGUUAGUUAUGUGUUAAAUUCUGCUGUUGGUGGUCAUUGGUAGUUGUGGGUAAUGGAUGAGAAUUUUGAAAUGGAUGCAGACAGAUUUAGUCCCUUAGGAGGGGUGGGGUGUGAUGAGAUUGGUACGUUGAUGGAGAUAUGUGUAGAUGAUAAUGAAAAUGAAGGCAAUAUUACUUUGGAUGAAGAGAACUUGGAUAAUAUAUCCCUCUCACAGACCGUUGAAUACAAUUCUCCUUUACCAUGUAUCAAUGACAACUCUUGUAGUCAAAACCAUCAAGGUUCCCCAGUUGAGAGUGUAGAGACCUUAAAUACAACAGUGUUAACAAAUGAUGUGAUUGAAGGCACCUCUAUUGAACCUCCAAAGGUCGGAAUGGUUUUUAAAGGAUGGAAGGAUAUUGAGUGUUAUUACAAACUAUAUGCUGAGGAGUGUGGCUUUGGGGUUAGCCGGGUUCAAGGAUCAUAUACUACUAGUAAAGAGAGAAGGGGAAUCACUUGGAAGUGUGAAUGUUAUGGUGCACCGGAUAUGAGGGCGAAGCGAGAAGCUAAGAAAAGGGCGAAGCAAAUGGAUGUUGGCGGUUGUGGAGGAAAUGUGAAUGGUGUAAUAGGGGAGGUAGAGCUAUCACGUGGGAAAAGGAAAUCUAAAAAAUGUUAUUGUAAAGCUAGGGUAUAUGGAAGUGUGAAUCGUGAAGGGCUUUGGGUGUUGCAAAGAGUGGAGUUGGAGCAUAAUCAUGAUCUGUGUCCAAGUAUGGCAAAUUUAGUGAAAGAGUACCGUAUGAAGAAGAUGACCUCCACUGUUCGCAAGCGGUUGGUGAAUUAUUAUGAGGUGGGUGUACCUGUGAGUGUAAUACGUCGAUGUUUAGGCACGGAAAAUCCUAAUUUGCCUAAUGUGAAGGAUAUGCAGCAUGAGGUUUACAAACAACGGCGGCUUAAGAUGGCCGGUGGAGAUGCUGAAGCCAUGAUGGCUUACUUUGAUUCCAUGCAAGCCGAUAAUCAGAAUUUUUACCAUGCACAUAGGUUGGACGAUAAAGGUCGUUUAAAGGACGUCAUGUGGGUUGAUGCUCGGAGCCGUGUAGCUUAUGAAGACUUCGGUGACGUCGUUUGCUUUGAUGCCACAUAUCUCACAAAUGAGUAUGAGCUACCAUUUGCUAAUUUUGUUGGAGUCAAUCACCAUGGCCAGUCGAUCUUAUUAGGUUGUGCCCUAGUUUCUCAUGAAGAUUGUGAUACUUUUCGAUGGUUAUUUAAACAAUGGUUGUUGUGCAUGGGCAAUAAAGCCCCUCUUGCCAUCCUAACUGACCAAGCCCCUGCUAUGAGGAAGCCAUUAGUUGAAGUCAUGCCUAAUACACGCCAUCGAUGGUGCAUAUGGCAUAUUCUCCGAAAAUUUCCUGACAAACUUGGGAGGUGUGCCAUGUACAAUGAUUUCAAGAGCCCGUUGAAGAAUAUUGUUUACGAUAGUUUCACUACCGUAGAAUUCCAGACCCGAUGGUGUGAAGCAAUGAAGAAGUAUGGUUUGGUAGACAAUGAAUGGCUUCAAGAAUUGUUUGUAGAGCGGCACAUGUGGGUGCUAGCUUGGAUGAAAGAGUUCUUUUGGGUCGGUAUGAAAACUACGCAGAGGGUUGAGAGCAUCAACAAGUUUUUUGAUGGGUUUGUCACCCGUAAAACAAGGUUGUGCGAGUUCCCCGAAAAGUACUCAGCUGCAAUGAAGAAGAGGGUUGGUGAUGAGACCGAUGCAGAUGCAAAAUACAUAAGACGACUUGUGAGUGGGUUCAGAGCAGAGAGAUACUUCCAACAAAUUUACACUGAUGCGAAGUUCCAAGAAGUGCAAAGAGAAUGUGCUAGAAUGUUGUACGUAGUUCCUAAAUCUGAGACUGUGAUAAGUGACGUUGAAAUUCAGUAUCUGCUUUCAGAUCGAGUAUGGAUUGUUCCGGAAGGAUCAAAUGAAGAAAUAAUCACUGAUUAUCGGAGGUUGUACACUCUGGUAUUUAAUCCCGUUACCAAAGACAUAACAUGUGAUUGCAGGAAAUUUGAAAAGGAUGGGAUUCUUUGCAAGCAUAUCAUUAGAGUUUUUGAUGAAAAUUUGGUGAAGGAAAUACCAUCGAAAUAUGUACUUGAUCGGUGGCGCAAAGAUGUGAUGCGGAGGCACACACGUGUAAAAGUGGCAUAUCAUGACCCAAGUCAAACCGCGGAAUGCAUUCGCUACAACAAGCUGUUUCCUGACCUCGAGGCCUUGUGUGAUGAAGCUUCCAAUGUAGAUGAGGAUACAAUUGUGGCUGUUAGAGAAGCAGUUCUCAAAUUGCGCACCGAAGUCAGAGUACGUCGUGCACUUCACUUGGAGAAAAAUAUUCCGGAAGUGGUACCUAGUAACAUGGAUCCUUGCUCUCAUAAAGGAUCAUCAAAUCAGCCCCCUGAAGCUGGAGGUACUCCAAUGUCUAAGCCAUGCAAUGUAUCGGACACCGGAACAAAUCCCAACAAUGCACAAAACGAAGCUUCAACCAGCUCAAGAUUUGUUGUCCGAGAUCCAAUUACUCAAAAGAGGCCUCGUGGUCGGCCUAAGGGCGCAGCCCGAAUUCAAGCACGGCACGGCACGAAGUUUCGUGUCGAUCCUUUCAUAAGGUACACUGACGUUAGCCUUGAGUCAAAGUAUGAAGUAGGUGAAAAUGCCUUUCGUCUAGGUUCUUCCAUUGCUAUGUGGAAUGCCCGUGGCGUUACUCGUCCCUCAUUUAAGUCCAAUGUCCAGAAAAUUAUCGCUGUUCACAAGCCUAUCAUAUUCAUAAUUGUUGAGGCAAGAGUCUAUCGUAAGUCAUUUGAAGAAAUUUUUAGUUCAAUUGGACUUUGGAUGAGAGUGUUGGGUUGA